AUUUCAGUUGAGCAAGGGAAGUGUACUGACAUUGACAUGAGAUGAAUUAUUAAUUAAGAGUGCUGAAAGAAAGAGGAAGAAGAAAAUACGAUGAAAAGUGAAAACGCAGAAGAGUAGAUCAACUCAAAAUCAGUGGAAAAAGAGAAAAGCUAGAAAGAAGACAAGAUGGAGUUUUUGAAGCUUUUCAUUGUGGCAUUAAUGCCAGUUUUGAAGGUAUUGUUGAUUACUCUUGUGGGGACAAUUCUUGCCAUUAAUCGCUUUAACAUACUCGGGGAAACUGCCAGAAAAAACUUGAAUACUUUGGUAUAUAUUGUCUUCUCUCCAACUCUAGUUUGUAGCAGCCUAGCUGAAACAAUAACUUUAAGGAAUGUCGUUAAACUGUGGUUCAUGCCCGUGAAUAUUCUUAUCACGUUUCUCAUUGGGACAGUUCUUGGAUUGUUAGUCGUUAAACUAACUAGAGUUCCUCCUAACCUUCAAGGCCUGGUGUUGGGUUGUUGUGCAGCAGGAAAUCUGGGAAAUUUACCUAUAAUUAUAGUUCCAGCUGUCUGUAAACAAAGUGGCAGUCCUUUUGGAGAUGUGAAUGUUUGCUACAAAAAUGCACUAGCAUAUGCUUCUCUAUCAAUGGCACUAGGUUCCGUUUACAUUUGGUCUUAUGCAUACAACCUUGUUCGAUUAUAUUCACCAAAGAUUUCCAAAGAAAUCAAAGUUGAUGAUGGCUCCAUGGUAAAUCUAGUGUUAGCAACAAAAACUGAUCCAGAAAACCCUUCAACAUGUUCCACAGGAUUACCUGUUGUUACUGCUGAUGAUAGAUCACAACCUGAAAAUCAUGUGAAGCAAUUUGAAAUUCAAUGUACAAUGCGUGAUGGACAAGUAGAAGAGGUACCAAAAAAGAAAACGAUUGUGAAACAGUUGACAAUAUUAGUCGACAAAAUCAACCUGAAGGUACUAUUCACACCCUCCACGAUUGGAGCGAUUGUUGGUUUAGUGAUCGGAAUAGUUCCUCAAUUUCGAAAACUAUUAAUUGGGGAUAGUGCACCUCUUCGUGUGAUUCUGGAGUCUGUAGUCAUGUUGGGGUAUGCUUCCAUUCCAGCAAUGACUUUGCUGGUUGGAGCAAAUCUUAUUAAAGGUUUGAAUGCACUAGGAAAGCAACUUCCACUUGUUAUUGGAGUUAUUGUGGUUAAAUGUAUUGUCUUGCCAGCAUUAGGUGUAGGCAUAGUGAAAGCUGCUAUUCGUUUGGGGUUGAUCCACCGCGAUCCAUUAUAUGAGUUUCUUUUGCUGCUUCAGUUCGCCCUUCCUCCUGCCGUGACCAUGAGUACGAUCACUCAAUUAUUUGGAGCUGGUGAAGGCGAAUGCUCAAUUAUCAUGUUUGCAACUUAUUCCUUUGCUGCUGUUUCAGUAACACUUUGGUCCACAUUUUAUAUGUGGCUUGUAUUAUAAUUAUUCGAAAGUGAAAGAUUUCUUGAUGCUUCACAAAUGCUUAGAAAAUGCAUUUUAUAAUUAGUAAUAUUUGAAACUAUAGUUUUUACUAAGGAUCGGUAAAUCAAGCAUAUUUAUUGUACUUCGCUUGUAACUUUAUACUUUAGAUUGUAGCCUCAAGAAAAUGGAAAAUGGGAAAAAGAAAUCAAAAUAAAAA